GGUUAGAAAGAACAAUUGUCCCUCGCAGCUUCCCGUACAUAAUCUGCUGUUUUGUUGACACUUUUCUCCAUCAGCUGACUGCCCGCUGAGAGACGAUGAGCAGCUCCGUACAGACUGACCUCCUCGGCUUAAUUUUCUCCGGCGAACAAUCGGCAGAUUUCAGGAAGCCUCUCUUUCAUGCUGAGGAGAGCAGCAGCUGAGAAUGGCCGCUGUUUGCUAACGAGUUACUGACCAUUAGCCAGCUAGCAGCUUUAGCUCCCAGCUAACAUCCACCUUCUUUAACCCGAUGUUUGGAGAAGUCAUGGAGGGCAUUUUAUACAAGUGGACUAAUUACAUGACAGGCUGGCAGCCGCGCUGGUUCGUCCUGGAAGACGGCGUGAUCUCGUACUAUGACAGCGAGGACGAUGUCGCGAAAGGCAGCAAGGGAUCCAUCAAGAUGUCCGUGUGUGACAUUAAAGUCCAUCCCACAGACUCGACUCGCCUGGAGCUGAUCAUUCCCGGUGAGCAGCAUUUCUACGUGCGAGCUGUUAAUGCCGCAGAGAGGCAGAGGUGGCUGGUGGCGUUGGGAUCCUCCAAAGCUGGAACUCUGGAAAGCCACAAACACAGAGGUUCAGACUGUCUGAAAACCAAAAUGUCUGAACUUCGUCUGUACUGUGACCUCCUUGUCCAGCAAGUCCAGACUAUCCAAUCACAGCACAGUGGAGACGCAGAAGACCCACCCACUUCAGAGGCCUCGUUGCUCAGUGCCACCUGUGAGACGUUCAUCAGGACUUUGGAGGAGUGUAUGAGCCUAGCCAACCAGAGUUUGACCCCGGACCUCCGACCUCCUGAAAGGAUGAAGCGCUCCAUCAGCCACCCUGGUACUUACAGCUUUGACAGGUCAGGCGUACUAAAGGAGUAUGUGAGUGGAGGUCAGAGGUCAGCUCCACGCAGACAUCGGACGUCCUCUGACAGCUCCGUCUACGAGACUGAACGUUUGCUGCCGGCUCUGAACGGCGACUCGUCCUCCAUCCCGGAGGAGAGGGGAGGGAGCGCGAGCCCGAAGACCACGCCCACAGACACAGACACCGACCUGUCCAUCUGAACACCCGACGCCCGACGGGGUGGACAGGAAGGAAAGGUCAUCUUGGUCUAGGAUUUUUAGGAUCGUCCCUCCUGUGUUUUCUCCACAGAACCAGCUGAGGACUUCAGAGUCAUUCAGUUUCUUUCUGUCGGUGGUUCAUUCAAACUCUGGAGAGGUGGGACUCUGUUUGGGAGGUGGGGUGCCACCAUGCCGUUCCAGAUGAACGGUAGAAACCCGGGUCCCUUUCCAGUGCUACCCCAGCUGGUCGUUCCAGGCAGCUCUAUGUGAACAUAAUGAACUGUGAAUUGCUGGGUUUUGGACAUGCGCUGCUUUAAAAGGACCCCAGAAUGUAAAUCUGUCUGUUGGGACGUUUUAGUGGCUCUGAUGGUGGCGUCUCUUUGGACGGUAGAACUCCAUCUCCAUCUGUGACGGCUCUGAUCUCAAGCUGUUCCUUACAGAACAACCUCAUUGAGUAAUUCAAAUGGACAUUUCUCCACAGACCUCUGCCACUUGUCUGACUGCCUCAUCUUAUUACUACGGUGAAGUGAAUCCUACAACUGAUUGAUGUUUCUUUAAACUGACCUCAGUUUACAAUUAUUCACCCAAAUUCCAUUGUUAGUAAGCAGGUCCAGUCCUGAGGAGGUGGACGAGCCGCAGUCGGGUCAGAUGAAGGGAGCUGACUUGUUACUGACAGCUUCAAUGUGAACAUGUGGCUUUGGUAGUAUUUGCAUUUUGCAUUCACUGUAUUUUAGUAGUGGAUUCCAGUCCAGUCUCACUCUAAGACCAUGAUGAAACUGAUUUUUUAAAUUUUUCUUAAUGAAUGUCUGUUGGGAACAGAUUUGUUGAAGAGGUGAUAAAACUGGUGGGUGCUGGUUUACUGUAAGUCUGUCUUUAACUGUUCUGAUGUUACAGAGUCUAGAUGUAAAACUUUAACUGGGACAUUUUUACUGGAUUGCAAAAGUAGGAAGUGAUUUUGUUUGUAGCUUUGCUCCAACCACAUGACUGUUUGUACCUAACAGUGCAACAUUUUUUUGUACCUGAUUUAAACAACUGAUGGUUUCAAGUCAUUUUCUACCAUCAACCUGCAGUCUGCUGUCAGGACAUGUAGGUCUGCAACUCCAAUAAAGAAUAUCUGCAGUUACUUGGGUUUAAUCAGAUGUCACAAUCUCUUUUAUUUCUUAGGGAUCAACUGAAUCAAACAGGGAUGAGAACCAAGAUAAACUCAUGGAAACACUGAACUGCAGAUAAACCAAGAUGUAAAGUUAUGAUGAUUAAUAAUACUGAGACAUCACCAAACUGACAAAACACAGAGCUGGAGUUUAAUUGGUUUAAGUCACUGGAGUGAUUAGAUAUGAUGCCUUCCAUAAUGAUUCUUAGUGCCAUUGUGAUGCUAGAAAAUCUUCAACCACUAGGUGGCACCAGAGUUGAAGUGUUUGAAUCUUGUCAGCACAAUGAGCAGCAAUACUUUCCACCCUUGAAGCUUCAGCAGCACACUGCUGCCCACAUCUUCAUCACAGCAGUAGAAAAAUAAAAAUAACAUACUGGUGGGAGAAAACCCUCUGCUUUCCUAAAUGACAUAGUUACUCUUCUCUUUCACUUCAUGAGAGAUGCUCAGAAUGCCCCAUCUUCUACCAAUUAACUACUUUACAGGAGUGAUGAGCCACAUCGCUCCUGUAAAGUCUAAACUUCAGCAGAUGUAGAAAAUGUUCCAAAUAUUUCGCCAUUACAGAUUAUAAUGAGGGAUUCUUCAUAAAUCAUAUUCAUAAUUAUACCUACAGUAUAUGUAUCUUAUAAAAUGUUUUAGAUGAUUUUAAAGUCAUAGUCCAACCUUUAAAAAUUGUGAUCCUGAACAUAACAGAAACUGAAUGUAGAAGAUAUCUGAAAUGAUGUGGUUGUGGUUUCAUCUUAAAUUGUACAACAACUAUUUUUUUUCUUCUUUUUGUUUUUUAUACCUCCUCUACCCUAACAGUGAUUGGCUCUCAGAUCUUCAUUGUCCUACAUGAAGCAGGCAUUGCAGGGUUUGGGGUGUGAUCCGUUCUGGUGAUCCUCAGUAGAUUACAGGACUCUAAACUAUUUCAAAUGGUUGUUUUAUGUAGAAGCAGGUCAGUCCUGGAGGCCCUUUGUGCCAUCGAUGGUCAUUGCUGCAUUGAUUUGGUGUGGAAUGUUUAAGCUGCGUCUUCAUAACUUAUAUUCUGUUGUGGCACUUAACAUGAAGUAAUAAAAACCUGUGUUUUUUUUCUGUGACUAUGAUUUUUGAUCUGUCUGCAUGCGCCUGACUGACGGCUGUAACGUUAUUGCUUGUUACCAACAGAUGCACAUUUUACACUCCUGUAAAGAAAUCAUGUGGAAACAAAGAAAAAAAUACCGGAUAGUCAUGAAAACUCUCAAAUCUUAACUCAUGCCAAAAUUUGAAGCUGUUGUAUUUUAUAUUUUCUUGGGCAAACACUUAAUUAUCUGCAUUUUUUAAAAAGUCAUAUACAUGUCUCCACACAAAUUCACCACAGCUUGUAAUUUUUCCACAGGCAAAAUGAAAGUAUUCCGUAACCAUGUAUUACCUUCUCCAACAUAAAGUCUGUAAAUGUGGCUGUUUUUCACUUUAAAGUGAUUCCGUCAGUGUUAAGGCUCUGAAAGUGGAUUAAAGUGACAACAAUGUAAUGGAUUAUUCUGAUUAUCAUACAGGUGUCUGGAACUUCAUGAUCUCUGUUACAGGAAGUUUCUUUAAAUUCAGUAUAAACAUUUAUACUGAAUUUCUAUCUGAUCACGGAUUGAAGUCUGUGAUCAGAUCAGUUUAUACGCUGCUUCUUAAUUUUCUGUUGCGAACAUUGUUUGUCACAUCAUGAUGAAACAACAUUUUCAUAUUUUACUCAUGAGAGCAUCAGCUAAGUGAUAAUACCCAUCAGGUUUCAUUAAUGUGAUUUAGCCAGAUCUUGUUUGAACAUGUGAAGAGUGUGUAUGAAAAUAAAAUAUGGAUAUUAGGAGAAAGUUCUAUUGUAUUAAAAGAAAUCAAAUUUUAAGAUGAGCCAAUCAUCUUGGAAUUACAAUCUUAAUUCUUAGAGAUUUUUUAUUGCAAUGUUUAAUCAGUCAGUGUUUAUUUUGGAACCAAAGGAAAUAUUCUGAUCACUUGUAGUUUUUACAUUUGUUGGGUAAAUAAUCAGUGCAAUUCUCUUAAUGUGGAUUUUACUCAGCCCAGUUUCCACAAUGUCAGACUAAAGUUGAAGUAAAUGGUUUUUGAUUUUUAUAUUUAUAAAGUAGAAAAAUUUAAUUAAUCUCCUGAAUUCCUUUUAUGUUUUUAUUACAGCCUGGUUAUGUUGGCCAAAUAUCAGGAUCUGCCUUAAGAGCUGCACAGAGGGACAUGUGUUUGUAUCGCAUCUGAUUUUUAUUGUCUGAAUAAAGUUUUUGAAGCUGA